AACUGAUUCCGUUGCUCUGCGGUAUUUCUGCUGAAUCGCAAGCAUAACAAGGCUAUUAAUGUGCUGGUGGGCAGCCGCUGCUCGCUCACUCUCAUCACUCACAGCACUUUUGAUUGCUUCGAUCCUCAUUUCCUGCUGAGUCUGGUCUGAUUGGUGAUGCGCUGUGUGACCUGCUCGACGCUGCCGUGCUGCCGGUCUUUGGGUUUGUUUGUUGUUGUUGUCCACCAGGAGCAACAUGGGCGCCUGGGUGAAGCUCGCCAUCCUGUGUCUCAUGGUUAAUUUCAUGGUCGCGGCGUCCAUCUCCGUAGAAACUCCCGACAACGAUAAGGUGUGUGGUCCACGACUACUCAGAACAGAAGCUCCACAGGCAAACCCACGACGAGCUGUCUAUCGGCCAGGCUGUUCCGUUGGACCCGUGUGCCCUCCAAACAACACCAUCGUAUGCGAGAAUGAUGCUGAGACAGGAGAAACUGGUGGAUGUAUAUGCACUUUAGUGCACAUCUGCCACCCAGAAAGAAAAAAUUGCACCUACUACGUCAACGGCAUGGCUGAGACGACUUGCGGCUUUUGAAGCCGACGUCACUGAAACUUGACAAUGCUUUGCCAUUUCAACGAUGAACUCACCGAUAUCUUUCCUUGCUGAUAUUCUGAAGAGAAACUCAACUCUCUCCAGCUGAAAAUAUUUGGUUGAAAUACAUAUUUGUUGAGGAGGGAUGUUACCCUCACUCUCUGUAUAGGAAGCUUGUAGAGUUCAUUGGCUUAUUUCUGCUGAAUUCUGCCCAUAAAUGUGUAUUUUUUAAACAAGACUAUCCAAGAUCAUGCAAUAAAUUCUGUGAACAUAAGCAAACGAGCUGCUUUCAAAGCACAGAAAAGCAUCGCACUCUUUUCCAUGAACCUUGUAUGGCAUGAUAUAUGAGCCUGUGACUGCAUGGUCAACUGGGUGGUCAAAGCAUGAGGAUGACUAGGCUGAUGUGUGAAGCCAACAGCAAAAGAGUUCAGUGGUGACCAUCUUCUACCCAGAUGUGAUGAUUGAAGUCUCACAUUGAAGAUCUAUGGUCUAUCUACUCUGAGAUGCCAAGUCAGCUGUAGCCACCUUUUCAACACCCUUCCAUAACAACACAAGCAUCAAAGCAAGAAAACUUGAGACAUAAACAGGAAAAGCAACAAAAGCCACAUACAUCAUAUUCUAUCUCCACUUCAGAGUGGUCACCAAGCUUCUGCAGCUAAAAACAUUCUCCACAGCUAAGGCAGCACACAGUGGGUUUGAAAGAAUCCUGGAUUGCAUUGACUAGAGGCUGAACUGAAAUCUACAAGGGCUUCUUAUUCAUUGUAAUUAUGGCUCUGCAUCACUUUGAGUGGUUAUCAAAUCAGUGUUGCAAGCUCAGGAUUACUGCUGCAGUGGCAUACAAAACUUGCUAACUGUUGUUGCUUACCUGAUUUCUUAUUUAAUGUGGCUCUAUGAAUAACAGUUUAGUAACUUGCAUUGUAACUUACCUUGAUAACUUCUUAUUGUUGCUGGCAUACACAUGUAAAAGUUAUAGCUUAUUUUUUUUCCACAUUAUAUGUUAUAUAUAAUUAUGUAGUAACUUCAAUGCA